AUGCGCCAGGCCGUCUUUACCCUGCUGGCCGCUGCUCUCAGUCUUCAAGUAUUUGCGCAAGAAAUUAUCAGCAUCGGUCCAGAUAUCGAGUUUGAUGCCAUCCACAACAUUUCCGCCAUCACUGGCUCUUGGUCCUCGGGCUCCCAGCGCGUGCUGACGGGUACAGAAGCGGGAUUCUGCAACCCAGUCGACUCCACCUUUACCUAUCCGCAGACUGCAGGCAUCGGCUAUGCCUUCUCCGACGAUGGUUACUUUGAGGAGGCGCUCUAUCGUUUCACGGGAAAUGGUGAGCAUUUGUACCGCCUUCGCUCACCACGAGCAUCCGGAAAACUGACAAGCUUUGGCUCAGGCUCUGACCCUCGAUGUAUAAUUGGUGUCAUGCAGUGGCAGCACGGGCGAUAUGAGCUCCUUGCAAACGGCUCCAUUGUCCUCUUGCCAUUUGCUCAGGACGGUCGACAACAAGUCCAAGACCCCUGCGCGGCCGAAUCAAACGUCCUCCGCCAAAUCAACGUCACUACGCUCUUCCUCCAUUGGCGGAUUUUCCGAGACCCGCAACGUCGCGACAAGCUCCAUCUGUUCCGCUUCGAUGGUGCACCCCUGUCACCCAUGUUUAGAGUAUCCGAAACCCCCAACAUGCUCCCAACGCGAACGUUGACAAACACGACGAUUGGUGCGCAGGCGUCUCGGAAACGCUCGCUGGCGGAGCAGCAAGAUCUGCCCAAGCGAAAUGCGGCCACACGCCCAGCGAUCGCUGUUGGCGUCUCGGCUGCUGGUCUCCUUUUCGCUGGUCUACUAAGUACGCUCUGA